AUGAAAUUGCAGUAUCUUUUCCACGGGCUGUGUCUCCUCAAACUCAUCGAGGCACAGACUGACGCAGAGCAAUUCAAAGCCACCUGUGACUCCCAGGACGAACAAGUCCAGACCCUGGACAGUGGAUACAAAUUCAAGUUCAUUUGCGGAAAGACUGGAGUCACCGGCAAUAGGAUUGGUUUCGCCCAAGAGACUGGAACCCUUGAAGAUUGUGCUGCACUCUGCGCAGACAAUGCCGAAUGCAAGGGAAGCAUGUGGGACUAUGGAUUCAAGUCUUGCCAGCUCUAUAACAAUGGAGACGAUCUUCAAACCCGACGUAGGGGAAUUUUCCUGCGCCGCGAGGAGGAAAGCAGUUCCGCAGACUGCACAGCGGUGGAGGCUGAGCUUCGGGAGUGCGAGGCUGCAGAGAUAGUACUGCAGGACGAUUUGAAAACCUGUCAAACCACUCAGACCGAGUCGCAGCAAGCACACACCGAGGUAGCAGAAAAGCUCGAAGCCUGCGAGUUUGAAAGAGACCUUUGUGAAGGCAGCGUGGACGACGCGAAGAAAUGUGAAACUGAGAAUUCGCAGAUCACAGAUCUGACUGAAGAGCUGCAACAGUGCACCACUGCAGCUUUGUCUAACACUCUCCAGUUGGAACAAUGCCAGUCCACCUCCUCUUCGUGUGCCGUUGAUUUGCAGCAAUGCCAGUCUGCUUCCUCAUCAUGUACUAUUGACUUGCAGCAAUGCCAGAAUAACGCUGUAUCUAGCGCUAUCGAGUUGCAACAAUGCCAGUCUACCAGCUCUUCAUGUGCUCUCCAGUUGCAGCAAUCCCAGGCUGCCGCUUCUUCUAGUGCCAACCAGCUGCAACAAUGCCAGAACUCUGCUUCGUCUACCGCCACUCAGUUGCAACAAUGUCAGGCCACUGCUUUGUCUACCGCCAAUCAGUUGCAACAGUGCCAGGCUACCGCCUCGUCUAGCGGUCUUGAAUUGCAACAAUGCAAAGCCAAUGCCGCGUCUACCACUCAACAGCUGCAACAAUGCAAAGCAGAUACUGUGGCCAGCGCUGGGGUUCCCGCAUUCAACGAAUGCAACGCUGGCGGCAAUGGUCAGAUCGUCAAGAUUGGCAACAGGUCUUUCAAACAGAGGUGCAAUGUAAGCAUGUGGAAGAGUCGAAUGCCUCUGAGAAGGGUUGUGAGGCCGGGUCUCACGAGGCAGGAGUGUGCACUGAUUUGCGCUCUCGACGGUGGAUGCAGGAGUGUUUACUUUGUUAGGUCGACUAUUACAAUCGGUGAAUGCCAGCUCCAAAACGAAAAUAUCGAGUCUAAGCUCAACCAGGGCAAUGCAGAUAUUGCUUACAUCCCCGUGUGA